GACAAUGAGCCAUAAAAGAUGCAAUCUUUGAUGAUGAGAAUGAACUGGGCUUCUGCCUCCAGUAGGUUGGUGGUGGGAGUCUAUGUUGCUCGGACUCUAAAGAAUGUUGUCGGGUGUGUAUUGGAUCCUGCAGAAGUAAAACAUUUCUUGAGAAUCCGAUACGGUUGGGUUAGGAUGGGCAUGCUGGUGUGGGGGGCAUGAUAAGGGAUUACAACUCUGAUUGUAUAACUUGUGCUGAGUGUUUUACACUUCACAACUAUGCUAUGAUUGUUUAACAUUGGAAACUGCUUCACUAAUUACUUUGCUUCAAUAUUUUUCUACUAUAGAUGGUGGUCCUUGAUUCUCUCAUUAACCAGACAUAAUCAUUCUUGUGUUUUGCACUUGCUGGAUGACCCUCAAACAAUUCAAAAUACCACUUUGUUAUACAGUUAUUAGUAUUAGUUCUAUACUGUUGGAAAUUACUUUUAGACUAGUUAAUAUAAUUUAGAUCCUUGUGGGUCUACAUACAUAAUCCUAUUGUCCUUUGAGAAUAUCUAAAAGACUAAAGUUUGGGACCCUUAAGAUUUGGAAGUGCGCUUACCCAUCCUUUAUACAACUAGGGAAAGGUGCAUGCACUACUUUAUCCUGAACUUUUUGGAGCCAUUUUUAUGUUACUACCUAGUACUAGUUAUCCUUUAUGCAGCACUUCUUCCGCGCGGCUAGUGGGGCAGAUAACUUCGUAUUUUGCCCUGUAGAUUCAUCUUAAAUCUCCUAUCCUUCCUUUGAUGGAAAAGACUCAUAACUCUGCCUCACCUAACCACCUAAUCUGUAUUGAAUGAUGUUGCAACAUGGACUAUUGUCUAGAUUGGAUCACUUUUAGUUAAUUGUACAUUGUGUUGAAUUGUUGAAAACUUUAUGUCAAUGUGAUUGCUGAAAUGACGAAUUUGGUUUAUGUUGUUUUUUGUUGCGGACAAUAUAAGUGGUGAUCCUACCAUGUACGAGGUCUACUGGAAGCAAAUGGGAGACAAAACAACACUUGUUUUAUCAGGUUGGCAAUCCAUUAGUUAUUUUUCGGAUACUAAGAACCAUUGCUGGUUUCUGGAGCCAGGCUUUGCAAAUGCAGUAACUAGACUGCACAAUCUAGUUGGUAAUGCACAGACUAGAAACUAUCACAUUGUAGUUGGAACGGGAUCUACACAACUGUUUCAGGCUGCGCUAUACGCUCUCUCUCCAUCCAAUGCACCAGAGCCAAUGAGUAUUGUAUCUGCUGCCCCAUUUUACUCUUCAUAUCCACUGAUCGUUGACUGCUUAAAAUCUGGUCUCUACAAGUGGAGAGGUGAUGCCUCUAAGUUUAACAAAGAUGAUCCCUAUAUUGAGCUUGUGACUUCUCCAAAUAAUCCUGACGGAUCAAUCAGGCAAGCUAUAGUCAAUGGAAGUGGAGGAAUACUGGUGCAUGACCUAGCUUACUAUUGGCCCCAGUAUACUCCGAUUUCAUUUCAGGCAGACAAUGACAUUAUGUUGUUCACAGUUUCCAAAUGCACUGGACAUGCUGGGAUACGUAUAGGAUGGGCUCUAGUGAAAGAUAAAGAAGUUGCCAAGAAGAUGACUAAAUUUAUAGAGAUCAGCAGCAUUGGUGUCUCUAAAGAUUCACAGCUCCGAGCUGCUAAAAUCCUUGAUGUUAUUGCUGACACCUACGAGCACACAGAGAAAUUUGACAAGUCUACACUCUUCUUCCAUUAUGUCUACAAUGAAAUGGCAAAGCGAUGGAGACAAUUGAGAUCAGCAGUCAGCAAAGGCCAAACUUUUAGUUUACCUGACUUUCCUGUCGAAAAAUGUAACUUCAGUGGUCAGAGAUUUGGAACACAGCCUGCUUUUGCAUGGCUAAAAUGCGAGAAGUCCAUAGAUGACUGUGAAAAAUUCCUGAAGAAGCACAAGAUUUUUACCAGGAGUGGGACACAUUUUGGUUCAAGCGAGAACUACGUGAGGAUCAGUUUGAUAAGCCAUAAGGAAGAGUAUGAUGAAUUUAUUCGAAGGUUGUAUCUGCUCAGUUCUAUGGACAAUCCAUGAAUAGAGUUUAAGUCUUUUUUGUAGACAGAGAUAUUCUGUAAGACUAAAUGGUGCAGAAGGAUGUAUACAAAAAUGUAUAUAUUUGUUUUUGUGAACUUAUUGACUCUAUGCAAAUACAUCCUCAUUAUCGAGAUAA